AUGUCUCGUAACAAUGAUUCGUUUAAUUUGCUUCCAAUCCUUGAGAAGGAUAAGUUGAACAACAACAACUUCCUCGAUUGGGAAAGAAACUUGAGAAUUGUUCUCAAAAGUGAAGAAAUGGAGGAUGUCCUUAAUACCGAAAUCCCAGUUCUGGCUGAAAAUGCAACACAAGCUCAAAAAGCUAAUGAGAAAUGUAUUCGGGAAAGGUCUGUGACAAUUACUUGUCUCAUGUUGGCAACGAUGGAACCAAGUCUUCAAAAGUGGUUUAAGACUAUGGAUGCUUAUUCCAUCAUCCAAAACUUGAGAUCUAUGUUUCAAGAAUUGGCAAGUCAAGAGAGGUAUAUAACAACAAAAGAGUUGCUUGAUACCAAACUCUUGCCUGGGCAAAAGCUUCAUGAUCACAUGUUCAAAAUGAUCGGUCUUUUUGAAAAUUUAAGACGACAUGGAGUCAAUUAUGGCGAAGAGUUCGCAAAUGAUAUUGUACUUUGCUCUCUUCAUGAUGGAUACAAAGAAUUCCGUCUUCACUACUACAUGACUAGUGUGAAGAAGACUUUACAUGAAUUGCAUGGGAUGCUUAAAACAGCUGAACGGGACAUUAGAGUUGUUGAACCAAAGAAGGAUGUUCUUAUGGUUAACAAAGGGAAAGUUUUAAGAAGAAAUGGGGUGGAAAGAAGAAGGAGGUAG